UAUCUUUUGAAAAUAUCUUUCCUGUUGCGGUUGACACUUCCAUUGAUCCGUAUCUUGAUCCAUGCCAACAGGGUCUAUGUCUUGGCAUUGAGAGCAUCUACUGCACAAUAUCUAGAUAUGUUGGGACUCAUGAAGCCUCCGACUAUCCUCUCCUUGUUGCUGCUGUUGCUCCUGAGCAGCAGCUUGACUGCGGCCCUUCCAAGCCCCAAACCAUUCCUUGCGUCCACUUUUGCCAACCGUCGAAGCCAUGAGACCCCAAACCUCCUCCUUCUUCGAGGCGGUAGCCUAGCAGACACCAACAAAAAGUCUGGCAUUACCCGUGGUGGCGCCGAUGUCGACAAGAGCGAGACCUGGAACAUGUCGGAUAUUCAGUCGCAAGAUUUAGUCUACUUGGGCAUUUAUGGCAUUGCCAUGGCGGCCGUGUUCCUAUACUGUCGCAACUUUACACGGUCGGGUGGACUGGCUGCCAAAUGGAUUACCGAUUAUCUUCCCGAUCCGUAUGCCACCAUCAUCAUGCACGGCGCUUUCUUUGUCUUGGGAUUGGUCGUUCCUUCGGUGAUUCUACCCCCUGGAUUGCGGCGAUUGCUAUUCUCCCCACAAUCUGUGGCCUUGGUGGGGACGGUCUUUCCGGCCUAUGAAAGUGUACGGGCUGCCGUGACCGAUGGAGGGGCCGAUGAUCGGACUUGGCUCAUGUAUUGGGUCAUUCAUGGCAUCUUUCAAUACAGCACCGAUUUCAUGGAUCAGUUGGCACUCAAAUCCCAAGUCGUCUUCAAAUACUGGCAUACAUUCGAGGUAUUGGCCACCUUGUGGUUGCUCCUACCCAUCACCGACGGGUCGACAUUGGUGUACAAGACGGUGGCCAAACCAUACUUGGUACCCGUGGUAGAACCCAUCAAGAAAUACUGCGAAGGUUGGAUUGCCACAUUGGCAAUUACAACCAUCAACGCUAGCUACAUUUGGUGGUUCUCCUUCAUCUUCAUGUCUCUACCCGCCAUGGUCAAGCGUGUGGCUUGCCUGUCGGUCGGGACCAUCUUUCCCGUGGCUGCAACCAUCAUGGCACUCACCACCACCAAAGAUGUUGGGAAGGAAACCAUGAAGUGGCUCACCUACUGGCCUUGCUUUGGAUUGCUCAACCUUGGAAUGAUUGGAGUCGAAAAGUUUAUCGGCAGUUUCAAGGGACUCUACGUGGCAGUCUUGGCAGCUAACCUUUACCUCAUGCUACCAAUGACUGAUGGGAGUACACUGGUCUUUCGGGAAGUUCUGGUUCCAUUGUUCAACCAACGAGAGCUACUGCUGCUGCGAGAUGCCAAAAGUUUGGCAGCGGACUUUCUAAAGCACAUCCCGGAUGACAGAAAGGAAGAAGUUCUGGCGGCUGCUUCCGAGGCUUUUGCAGUGCCAAAAGAAUAGGUGCUUGCGGAUAGCUACCGUAUUGCAAGGUCCUGGCUUGCAUUGUACGGUAUCAAGAAUCAUGUGAAUGGAUCCUUGAACGAAGGUGUCACAUGCCGCCGAGGUAGAAAUUUCAACGAGUACUCUACCAACAAGUGCACCACAGCCACUAUCGCAUAUAACCUACAUAUAUAUUUAAAGCAGCUACAUACACCACGGCAAUGGGAAGGCACGUCUUCGGGAAGGAUUGGCUGGCUCAAAAGAAAGUACAAACAGCAAGUAGGUAACUAGCUAGCUCUAUCAUAUCAAUAAUAAAGCAUUCUUCGGAUUGCAGCCCUUCAUUGGAUAGGACGCGUUGUGCAUCUUACGUGUACUCCACCGCGAAGCCGGUGCAUUAGAUGUAUGUGUUCCCGCUUGCUGUUCUGUGCUGUAGCUCCUGUCAUGCUGAAACCCACUGAAGGGAAAAGAAGUAC